AUGAGCUCAUUCCUUCUUACACCAUCUUACAACCUUUCCCCAGUAUACAACGGCUACACAUCGUGUCCUCUGAUCACGGGCUACAAAAAGGGCAUAUUGGCCGAGUUCGACUACGAUCUGAACACCCUGGAGACGUUUCCCUUCGAUCAAUCGCAGGAGAGGGCGCUUUUCGCGUGGAUCAAACGCUCAUUCCUGCCACCCCUCUACUGGAACGCACUUAUCAGGUACCACUCGCACGUCUCACCGGUAGCAUGUCGCACCCACACAGUCACGUGUGUGCCUUAUCACCCUGACUUGUUGUUGAUGGACUGGAGUGGUGUGGUGUGGAGUAGACUGGACCAAACUGCUUGUGGUUCCUUCUGUGCGAGAACUAAAUUGAGCGUCGCCCUGAUUGAGGAAACACUAGGCUCCGCUCCCACUUUGUUGGGCACAGAAUGCUUUUAA